GAUAAAGGAUAGAGGAUGUCCGUUGUAGUCAGUAACCCACUUACAAGACCCUUGGUAUAUCUGGACAUAGAGUGCUAUACAAGUGUUUUACAAAUAAGAGAUGAUGACGAUUAGAUUUGUUUGCAUAAUAUUAUCAAUUAUCUCAGAAUCAUGUCAACAAGAAACGUGUUCUAAAGAUGGCACAGACUGCACCGAAAACAACAAAGAUAAAUUCCAAGAAAGCAUGAAUCUUAGGCGAUAUUUUCCCGAAUUACAAGACAUAAUCAAUGGAGAGUAUCAAUUUCCAGCAGAUUUCUUUACAGGUUAUUGUGAAAUUAUGGAUAACAAACGCGGUGAUGUAGGCCUUUCUUAUAACUAUAUGGCAGGAGAUAAAUUCGUCAAAAGAUUGUGUUCUGGGAAUACUGCAAAAGAAUUAAACAAACUGGUGCCUUGUGUAAAUGACAAGCAAGUAAGGGGAAGCUUUGUCAGGGGAAUAUCUAACAUGCCGGAUAUCUCCGAGCCACCAGAGGACAUGACGGAGAAAGAGGCACAAAAAAGGAUAUGCAGUUUUCUAUCAUCAUCCCUCACUAAGCUGCUGAAAAUUCUCCAACCUACCUGUGAUCAAAAAGGCUUCCACACAAUGGUCAAAUUAGUAACAGACAUUCUGAAAAACCCCGAGGACCAUGACAUUCCCCUCCUUAACAUACCGGGCACUUGUAUAACAGGCCUGCAAAAGCAGCUUAACAAGCAGUUUAAUGAUUAAAUAUUCUGUUCUGGAUUAUUUUUUCGAAGUUUUUAGUCAUAAAAAAAUAAA